GAGCAGCCGCUAGCAGCAGUCAGCACAAGGCACAACACACUCACCACUCCAGCCGGCGCGAUGAGGCCCAUGAUAACGGCAGUGCUUGUCGCGCUCGUGUGCGUGACUUCCUCGAGCUCCUCCCAGGCGGUCCAGCGUCGUGAGGCGGCUCUCGACAGCUACAGCUCCGGAGGUGGCGGUGACUACAGCGGCGGCUCCUACGGCGGAGGCGGCGGCGGUGGCGACGGCGGUGACUACGGCGGCGGCGCCAGCGGCGGUGGCGGCGACUACGGAGGCGCAGUCUCUGCUGCGUACAGCGGGGGCGGCGGCGGUGGUUUCACACCCAGUGCCAGCUUCGGCGGGGGCGGCGAUAGCUACAGCGGAGCCGCUGCCGCUGGGGGUCAAGGCGCGUACAUCGGCGGCGGCGGCGGUGACGUCGGCGGGUACGGAGGUGGAGACCUGGGCGGUGGAGACCACGCGGCCCUCGGAGGCGGCGGCUACGGCGGCGGUGCCAUCGGCGGAGGCGACAUCGGGGGCGGCGGCUUCGGAGGAGGCGGUUACGGAGGCGGUUACGGAGGCGGAUACGGUGGAGGCGGCUACGGCGGCGGCGCAGCCGGUUUCGUAGCCGAGCCGCAAGUGAAGACGGAGUUGAGGCCCUACCAGGUGCCGGUGGUGAAGAUCAUCCGAGUACCCGUGGCCAAGCCGAUCCCGGUAGCCGUGCCUAAGCCCGUGGGCGUGAACGUGCCGCAGCCGGUGCCCGUGCACGUGAAGGUGCCGGUCGAGGUGAAGGUGCCGGUGACGCGCGUCUCCCGCGUCGAGGUGGAGAAGCCCAUCCCGGUACCCAUCGAGAAGCACGUGCCCCACUACAUCGACAAGCCGUACCCUAUCACCGUCAUCAGGCACGUGCCCGUGCACGUACCGCAGCCGUUCCCCGUGCACGUCCCCGUCUACAAGCACGUCUACCACGUGCCCAAUAUCGUGGGUAAUGGUUCCUCUGGAAUUCGCACGCAGGCGACCCUGAGGAGGUGCAAGUUUGAGAAAGAAGCGGGCAGGAAUGUGCAGAUAGCCGGAGCCGGUGAGUAUCCGGUGGCGGGGUGCCCGCGGAAAGUCGGCCGCGGCUGCCCCGUGCUCUCGCCGGCUGUCCUGUCGCCGCGCCCGGUCCCCACCUGCCGGACGCAGGGUGGGGGCGCUACUUGCCGCAUGCCGCCUCUGCCUGCUCGCCCGGUGAAAGGAGCCGUCGGGCCGCCUAUAAUAGGCCAGCGCCGGCCAUCGGGCCAUCAGUCGCCCACUGUAGCUCUCCUCUGCAGCCCACAGCAUCGUUCCAGCGCCACGAUGGCCCUCCACAUGAUUUGCUUGGCGUUACUGGUGGCGAGCGCGCACUGCUACCCGGCAGCGCCCAAUGAGCGCAAGGUGGAGAAGCGGGGCGUCGACGGCGGCGUCGGGGGCGGCGGCCUUGAAGGCCAAGGAGGUGGCUACGGAGGCGGCGGCUAUGGUGGCGGCGUCGGAGGCGGCUACGAUGGAGGCUAUGGGGGCGGCUACGGCGGCGGCGGCGACGGCGGACACGACGCCGGCAGCUACGAGCCAAUUCAUGAGCACGUGAACGUCUUCCACAAGAGCAUCGAGCCACCCAAGGUCAAGGUGCUCAAGAUCCCGGUGCCGCACCACAUUCCGGUGCCGGUACCACACCCCGUGGCCGUCCACGUGCCGCACCCGUACCCCGUGUACACGCGGCACGCUGAGCGCGUCGAGGUGCCGGUCAUCAAGACCAUCCACGUGCCCGUCGAGAAGCCGUACCACGUGACGGUGGAGAAGAAGGUUCCCUACCCCGUGGAGAAGCCGUACCACGUGACCGUGGAGAAGCCCAUCGCCGUGCCGGUGCCCAAGCCGUACCCCGUGCACGUGCCCGUCUACAAGCACGUGUACCACCAGAUCAAGGCCCACGGAUGGCACUGACCGCUGACUCCGCCUGCCGCUGCCGCCCACAUAGUCGCUGACUGUCAUAUGUACAUUACACUCGCUCUCUCACCUCCAAACGGACCUCGCGUCCCAUCAUCCUUCGUUGUUUUUUUAUAGUCCUUGUUAUGUUUGUACUUUUUGUUGCCCUUUUGUAAUAAAAUGAGUUACGCUUA